AUGGCAACGGACACCACUCCCCAAGCACAACAGCCAGUGGCAAAAUCCGACAUCAAUUUUGCGGCAGCACUACGAGCUCAAUAUGCAAUCGAGACACCAAAGCUCCAGCGAAGACGACACAAGAAGUUGACACGGGAAGAGACCGAGCAACCUCUGGUUGACGAAACUGCUGCUUUGACCCUUCACUCGAAAAAGACAAAACGUCAGCAGAAACAGCAGCAUAGACGAGAACAGAAAGCUGCUAGCAAGUCUUCGAGCGCCAAUCUACUUGAUCUUCCGGCUGAGAUUCUGUCUGAAGUGUUUAGCUACUUGACGGCGUCUGAUACGUUCCGCAUAGCGAGGACCUCACAUGACUUGAGAGACUUCGUUCACACCAAUGAGAAGACUAUCGCCAAGGAUAUCAUUCAGAGACGCUACUGGAUCUUACAUCGAUGUUUCCCUCUGCCCGUACCUUUUAAGGAUGUCCCCGAAGACUUCCACGCUGGUCUACUCAGCGAAAAACGCCAGGACCUACUCAAUAUACACCGAAAGUCGUACCAUCAGCACAUCGAGAUGGUGGACCCACAGCGCGUCUGCACAUGCAUGACAUGUGUCUUCGCCUGGAACAACUUGUGUCUCAUAGUUGAUCUACACCACUGGCAGAAAAACCUGGCGAACAGAGAGCCUAUACCUAUGAUACCACGAGGCACAAAUCCACAAUGGAACCAGGACCUGCUCACCAAGAACGCCGAAAUGGUCCGACGAGCAAUGGAACACCCUCUUUACUACGCCGUCAUCCUCGAAAAAUACCUCUCAACCAUCACCGCUACCAUCCUGCGCUUCGCAAAAUGGAAGAAAGGCACAACAGCCAAACCCCGUCUCUACCACAUGACCGACUGGGACGUCGCCAAAGGCACAGACGCCUUCCUUGAAAGAAGUGGACCACCAUCUUACGAUUUCCCUUUCCACAGAGAUAACUACUAUUCGAUUGAAGCGUACUUACCUAACCGCAAGUUUGGUAAUGAUGGGAAGUGGCACUAUUAUCCUUUGGCUCCGAGUCAGCAUGAGAAGGAUCUUCAUUGGGUGAAGUCGUCGUUUUAUGCUACGAUGUCGUCGGAGGAACGGAGGACGAGGGCUCUUGCGAGUUUGAAGGAUCAUAAUAUUCGGUGGUCGCAGUAUUUGGAACGUGUGCAGAAGGUGUGA